AGGUUCAACGCGAACAUCGCCUCUAUCUUCCGAUGGAUGCUGCCAAAGACCUAUAUUCGACUCAGUUUUUCCCCCGUCAUAACAUUCAAAGAGCCGUACUAGAUGUCAAUAAGCUAAGGCAUACCAAGCUUAAUGAUUACACAUUUCCAGAUCUCGUCUUCAUUGCGACCUUUGGGGCUCGCAGCAAUAUUUCAAAGUACACACCAGUCUUGAUUCAGAAAGCUCGACGCAACCCAAAGUUCUCAUUUUUUGAAAACUGGCUAAAAUACUGCAAGGCCUUGCAGGGCCAUGACAGGUAUUUGGCCGUAUAUGAAGGCGUGAUCUACUUCACAGCAGAAGCUUUCCCACAAGACGAGGCUCAAUCCUGGCAUCAACAACAUCAAAACUACUUGUCAAGAUUACAACGCAUUCCGCAAGCCGCUCUCGAGUCAUUCUCUCAUCAAGUCGAAGCCCCGGAAGUCGCUCUAGACCCACCACAGCAUUUACCGCCAGGAGAUUUCCCCAUCCCAAGCGAGGAGAGGCCAGCCAAAAGACAGAGGGUCGAAGCGCCUGGCGUUCAGCUGCGCCGUUUCGAACCUCCAAAUGACCAAUUUUACCCGGUGCAGCUGGCGGCUCGGGCAAAUGGCCAAUUUCACCCCAUGCAGCUGGCGGCUCGAGCAAAUCUCACUAUGAUACUCAGCGAUCUCCUCCAAAGGGGUUUGCAAGAAACCGAAGUUUGGAAGAGUGAACGCGAGAAACCUUCAACACAAACAAUCUGUCUGUUCUGGCCGAAUGUCAUGGGCGAUUUUGUUUUAGAUCUAGUUGUCUCCAAGGAAUGUGCGGCAGGUGUAGCAGAGGCGAGACGAGGCUCACGGGAUGCGUUGCGGAUGGUGAUGGGGGAUUUUCUUUUCCAAGGCAUGAUAGAUAGCGACUGUUUUGAGAACGGGGUGCUGGCAGAUACGGUCAAGGUCCGUAGCUAUGAGUGCAGUGAUGCGAUUGUGAGGAUCAUUCUUAGCCAUUCCCAGGGGUGGAAAGCGAGUCGUGUGUUUCCCUCCGCCGAUUAAUCUUCCUUAUUUAUAUACACAUUUGAAUUUGGUUGCUUCUACUGCGAGAUAGGUCCCUUUGGGAAGAUCAACAUUGUCUUGGGUAGAAGCCGUAGCCUUGAAUUGUCCAUCGAUAUUUAUUCGACCCACACCAGCUUUCCAAGACAUCAGACGAUCGCGACUUGAUGUUCCAAAUAUUUUCUGGUCUAUCAUGACAAAUUCACCGUUUGUGGUUUCAGAGUUGCCUGCAUUCUCGUUUGACUCGGUCAUCUACGCUUGGUGUUGAAAGCGAUUGGAUUUAUGAUAGGGUAGGAUAGGCAAAUGAAUUGAGAAGAAAAC